AUUCUCGUUUCGUUCCCGCGGAGUCAUACGUGCGUGCAGACGAGGUGGACGCGGUCGCGGCGAGGAGGGACACACGCCCGAGGAGAGGAGUGUCCGGACGAAGAAGAAGAAGCGGUGCCGACGCUCUCGGGGAAGCAGACACGUACGAACCUCCAUCGCGGCCGCAUCGUCGUCGCGUAUCCUUCCCCUUCGCACGCGCGCACGAAGAGAUUAAAAAAAAGAAAAAAGAAAGAAGAAAUCGAAAAUCCGUCAGCGCACCCGAUCGCGAGCACCCGAUUUUUCGACCGACGAACUAGCGGUACUUGGAGAAGCGAACCAGCAAGCAGCCACCAUGGUUUACGAGAGCGACUUCUACACGACCCGGCGACCCUACUCGCGGCCGCUCGUCUCCUCCUACAGCGUCCCGUUAUAUCGACCCAUUACCAUCAUACCGCUCUCCAGCGUCAUCCAGUUGAGGACCGUUCCUCAUAUGCCAUACGUGGCACACAAGAGACUCGUCACCAUAGUUCACUCGCCGAUCCAUCAUGUGUACUACGCUGGCGCGAUGAUACCGAUAAGGGUGCGAGCGCGCGUGCGGCCCAGCAUCCUCGCAGCUGAGCUCAACAGGAUACGCGACCUGCCGAGGCCAUCUAGCCGAUCCUACAUUGAGGAUUACCUAAAUUCCCGAUACAACAUACUUUUCGACGAUGAGACAAGGGACAUUCGCGCGAAAGUGGAUUCUCUUCUUCGACGUGUCCACGUGUUCGUGCCAAGGGCAGUGGCAAGGUAUCCGACGAAAAUGAAAUGCGACUUCAUCGAGGAUAUUAUCCCGGAACGUAUGCGCAGCCACGACUACGUUCGCCGGUUGCUCACCGGCCGCAGCAACGCGAAGAAGCAGGUCGACUAUCUGAGCUGGUACGAGGUGCCCGACCGGGGCUCGUUCGGCACCCUGGCGUGCAUCAAGUACGUAGCCGGUAAACCGCAGUCCGUCCGGAAGCCGUACUACAAGGUCGCGGACCUACGACCGGCCGACAUCCGCAACGACGUCAACUUCCUCAGCUACUACAGCAAGAACCGUCAGGCGGCCGCGACUGCCUCCCCCGGUCAGCCAAUGACAGAACGAGAGAUGCGAAAGGUACGCGCAUUAGGCUACGACUCGACGGCCCAGGAAAAGAAAGCUCCCGCUCCGGAAUCGGAAACAAAGCCGGAGAAGAAAGCGAAAAAGAAACCGGAGCCGGAGGAAGAGCCGGAACCGGUGCACGAGCCGGAGCCCGAGCCGGUAAGAGAACCUGAACCGAUUCCCGAACCUGAACCGGUGCCCGAACCUGCGCAAGAACCGGAACCGGAACCGAUUGCGGAACCUGUGAAACCGUCGAAGCCGGCGAAGGCAUCGAAAUCGGCGAAAUCGGCAAGACCGGCGAAAACGGCCGCAUCUAAGGCGGAACCGGCGCCGGAACCCGAACCGGAACCCGUGAAAGAGCCAGAAGUCACAAAGGAACCAGAGCCCGAGCCGGUGCAGGAGCCAGAACCGGUGAUGGAAGCAGAGCCUGUUUCAGAGCCCGAGCCAGAAGCGCCGGCGGAACCGGUCGCGGAGGCCGUAAGUGACGAAGCUGAGGAAGAAAAGGUGAAGCAAGACAGAGAGGAUGCCAUGAGACGGGCUGAGGCGUACCUCGCUAAGGCGGCUCGGGAAGCGCAAUCGGAAGAGGAAAGGCGGCAGGCCGCGGAGGAGGAUCGCCUGCAGCUCGAGAUGGAGGAGAGGAAAGCGUGGGAGGCGUUGCAGCUGGCGCAGGAACGGAAAGCCGAGCUUUCCCAGAUACUGGAAAUCGAGCAGCAGGAAGUCGAGAGGAAGGCGGAAGAGGCAAAGUUGCAGGCUGAACGCGAGGAGGUGGAGAGAAUAGAGGAGGGGGAAAGAUUGCUUAACCAGGCGCAGCUCGACGCACUCGUACAGGAGCAAGAACGACAGAUAAUCGAGGAACAUCUCGAAGAAAUUCAAAAUCAAAAGCAGGAGCAGGAAGAGGCGGAUGUCGCGCAGUUUGCAGCCGGUGACAAUGUAGACGUCAGCUGCGCCGAGGAUCCGGCGGAGUUUGGCGAAGUAACUGAUCAGGAGAAGGAGGAGAAGCCUUGCGAUGUUAUCACGGAUGACGAAGCACGGGUCGAAGAGGAAAAUGUCCACGAAGAGGAGCCCGCCGAGAUUGCCGAAGAUCCGUUCGUCGAGGAGCCGGACGGAGUUAAGAGCAAGCCGCAAACGGGGCCGAUGGCUGAGGCUGAGGAUGGACCGCAGAUCGAGGAGGUUACUUCCGGCGAGGAAUUCUCCUGGGGUGAUCAGGACUCGUAAUUGGUUCGGACCGUUUUUCGCGGCGUCGAUGGACCACGUUCCUUUACCGUCAUCGUUCAACUAGGACUUAACGCGCCUUCGUUUAUCAUUCUGUCCGCGAGUGUCACUUAAUCCAUCGUCAUUGCAGAUAAUCGCCGAUCGGUGACACGACGGAGAGAUCUUAAUUAAUUUCCUUUUUAUUAAUCUAAUCCUUCCUAUCAAUUUAUUUAUUCGUAAAAGUGCACACUAUACUUCAGUCCAGUUCAGUUUCACGUUUCAUCAGCGCACGUACAUUUCGCGAAUCAAUUUCACGCGUCGCAUCGCGUCGAUCAUAUCAGACGAACUCGCGUGGAUCAAUAUGAGUUUAAAAACCGUGGGAUUUCUGGUAUAGCUAUAUUUUUAUUAGCUAAUCUCAAGAAGGACCCGCGAUCGGAGACUCGCCCGAUAGUCUCGUCCGAUCUGCGCGUAUUUAUUUCAUUAUACCGACCGCACACCCCUUUCACAUUACAUCCCGCAUCGGAGAGCGGCAACCCGUGGAUCGAGUCUGACACACGUAUCGAUUUCCGUUGGUCUGCCGGCGGUGGUGAUUCGUUUAUAGUCUCGGAUAGUAAUCGGGUAGAAAUAUCGCGACGUAUUUUAGCCGUCCAUUCGGCAGUCGAUGCAGUCGAGCUGGCUUCGCGUCGUCGUCUAUUUUUACAGUAACAGCUUCGAGUUUCAGCCAUGAAAUUGGUUUGACUGCGAUUGUCCGAGCGAUCGAUCGGAAGAAACGAGGAUUCCGGAAAUAAUCGCGAGCACGAUUCGUGAAUUAGCGGCCAUCUCGUGACUCUGGUCGCUGCUCGGCAAGUGGCAUGUCUUCCGAGAUACUUAUGUUAGUCUUACUUAUUAUUAAAACGAUACUACCAUGUAUACCUAUGUUAUAAGAGUGUGGUAAUAAUAAGAAUGAUUCAAUGUGGAAUCUCGCUCCGUGAUUUAACGACAGGUCUGGAAAAGCUCGGUUUUUCCAAGAAAAAGUGUCGUGAAAAAAAAUUUGCGGAGCUAGGAAUGCAAUGACGUACGGUCGCAAGUACAAUUUUUUUAAUUAAUUAAACCCGAGGUAUAAAGUUUUAAUGUUUUAUAAAAGUUUCAUGAGAUUCCCUGGCACAAUAGAAUCAAACGAAUAUUUGCGAUAUGCAAAACAUGCUUAUUAUCAUUUCAUUUCGAAGAAAACGUCUUGCUGUUUUUUUUUUGUCGCGAAUCAAGAUUAAAAUUAGAUGUAAAAAGCUGCACAAUCUGUAAGAUAAUCGACGUUGUGUGCUGUGCAUGAAUAAAACAGGAAAGUACUUGGCAAGGUACUUAAUGAAUAAUGAACUUGUUCAUAUUCUAGUUAUAUGUUUCUGUAUUUAAUGCGCAAUGGAAAUUCGUAGCACGCAAUGUGUACCCACGCAACGCCUAUUUUGUUUAUGAUUCAAGACAAUAAAUAUAUAAAUGGUAA